ACAGAUCUUACAGGUGAGAUUUUCAGUUAUUCCUCAGCUGUUGGAUCAUCUGCAGCUUUUCAGAAACUGUGAUUGGUCCAGAACAACAACAGGUGGAUCACUGGCUAAUCUAAUCUCAGCCCCGUUUCCGGUCCACUCUGCAGUCUGCACGGUGCCGCCUAUGAAAGAAGUACUGUGCUGAAAUGAAAGGGGUACGACUAUGCUGUGUUUUUGUCAUCAUGGUGCUCGCGCCUGCUCAAGGUGAGGAAGAGGAGCAGCUUGAGCUCCUUACGGAAAUGGCAGGAUACGAGGAAGAGCAGGAGCUUCUGGGGUGUUUCCGAUGCGACCUAGGUUUCUGGGACGCUUGCUACACAACGAAAACCAACUGCAGCAUCGGGGAGCAUUGUUAUACAGGGCGAGGGAAGGCAGCUGAUCUUCUGGAUGUGAAGACGUUGGGCUGUGUGAAGGCAGAGGAGUGUGAUGUGGUGACUGCAGUGGAGCUCUAUGAUAACAAAACCAUCUUUGUCAUGACUAAGCACUGCUGCAACACGCCUUUCUGCAACGCAGCGCACAACCAAACAAUCAACACGCUUUCCUAUCUCACUCCGACUCUUCUAACUGUGUGGCACCUCGUGCACGGAUUAACAGGAUCACAAUAAUCCACGUGCGUCUACCUGUACUGUGAAAACAUGCAUACAAGCCACACCAUAAUUUUCAUGUGUUACAUACAUAGCAAGUUUUUAAAAUAUAUUUAAUAUUGUGACAUGCAAUAUUUCAAAAGUGGCUUUCAACACGUUUUUGUUACAACUUGAACAUUUUUAAAUGUUUUUUAAACAGUAUGUAUUUUAGUGUGACAUUACCAUGUAUAUUUGGGACAUCUAAAUGUAAAUCUUAUUUGUUAGUAGAACAUUAGUAAAACCUUAAAAUAAGAUGAGAUGAUUUG